GCACACAGACAGCUGGCACCUUUGGAUGUGCCUCAGCCCGAGCCCAGGGGGCCACUCUUCUAUGAUAAAUGUAAUUUCUGGCAGUAACUUCUGUGAAACGCUUUGAAAUAGAAGAUGCACUGGGAACGUUCCUUAUUGCUUCUCAAGGGAGAAGAGCAAAAAGUCUACGAGCAAGAAUUAUGGGAAGCCAGAGAAGGAAAUUCAGAUGCUACUCAAUUUAGGCUUUUCAAAAUCCCUUGGAAAUUCAUACCAUCCAGACGUGGCAGAGACCAAAUGAGCAGAGGAGUACUGCGGCAUCCAAGCCCUUUGCAGCUGCCUUAUUCUCAUCUUCAAUUAAUUUUCCAGGGGGAUCUGGGCCCUUUCAACCCCGGUUUGCCAGUGGAAGUGCCUGUCUGGUUGGCCAUCAAUCUGAAGCAGAGGCAGAAAUGCCGGCUGAUACCCCCAGAGUGGAUGGAUGUGGAAAAGCUGGAGGAAAUUCGGGACCAGGAACGCAAAGAGGACACCUUCACUCCAAUGCCCAGUCCCUAUUAUAUGGAACUCACAAAGCUGCUCUUAAACUACGCCUCCGACAACAUCCCCAAAGCAGACGAGAUCCGGACGCUGGUGAAGGACACGUGGGACACACGGAUGGCCAAACUGAGGCUGUCUGCAGACAGCUUCGUCCGGCAGCAGGAGGCCCACGCCAAGCUGGAUAACCUGACGCUGAUGGAGAUCAACACCAUUGGGACUUUCCUUACUCAAGCCUUAGACCACAUGUACAAGCUCCGGACCAACCUGCAGCCUUCUGGGAGCACGGAGUCCCAGGAUUUCUGAGCUCCUCUGCCCGCACCAGCCCUCCAAGCACACACAUCCACUGUUCCAGCUUCCACCUCUCCAUGCACAUCUGCCAGAACCCCGUGAGCUUUGUGAGCCGUCGGCCACGUGCAGCCCGUCCCUGGCAGCAGCUGCAGGCGGCUGAGCUUCCCCUGCUGCUGACACGCAGCCUGGGAGGGAGCAGGGCAGAGCUGGCACAGGGCAUCCCCUGCACGAGAGCUCCACGAAGCCCCCGCUUCCCCUUUGCAGAACUUCGCCUCUCCCUUUGGUUCAGAGGCUGCUGCCAAAGAUGUGCGCAGAUACAGGUGGUGGCUUGCCAUCCAGCUAAUGAUGUCGGGCAGAUCCCUCUGCCCUGCAGAGCGUGGGUGUACUUCAUAGAGGGAACUUCUGAGGGCAGCACAGGCCACACACUGGCUUGAAAGCAAUGAAUUUCAAGGCAGUGCUUCGCUGUGGGUUCGCUCGGAGCCUCAAAACAGGGAAAGAUGUGCCGGCAGCAAGAGCGCUGGGAGGCACAUCCAUCUGCUCCUUGGAGAAGGACAAAAGAAAAUGGCUUUUCCCUCUCUGAGCCAGCCUGGUUGGUACUAUUUAACGUCCCAGCACCUGGGCCAUCACCAGCUGGCUGAGCAGGACCCCAAGGGAAGGGGGGCAGGACCCCAAAAGGGGGUGGCAAAGCCGAUCUGCUGUGCUCUUUUCCCAUCGCUGCUGGGGGAGAAAGAAUCCUUCUGCCAUCGUUAGGAAGAUUUUAUUAUGAUGAUUUUUUUUGUUGUUGUUCUGAUGUUUUCAGAAAUUACAGCCGUAGAGUCAUAAAUACCUAAUUGCUACAUUCACCAAAUGAUCUCUUACAUUACAAUUAAUUCAAACAAAGAUGCUUAGAACAAG